CUCCAGCGGUCGUGUGAGGUGUUUGUCUCUCUCCUCAACCACGCGUAUCAUGGGUGACAAGAAAGCCGAAAAAGAAUUCAUUGCUGAAUUUAUUGAGGUGUAUCGUGGUCUUCCCGCCCUGUGGGAUGUGAAAUGCAAAGAUUAUACAAAUCUUGCCAAAAAGGGGGAGCAGUACGAUGUGCUGAUAGAAAAGUACCGAAAAUAUCUGGAUGCUGAGAAACAAGAAGUAGUAAAAAAAGUAAAUUCUUUGCGAACAAACUUCCGGAAAGAAUUAAAAAGGAUUCGCGAUGCAGAGAGAAGUGGUGCCGGUGCAGAGGAUGUGGAACCUACACUUUGGUAUUUUGACGAAAUGAAGUUUCUUGUAACUCAGGAAACACCUACCGCUUCAAUCAGCACGAUGGACAUAUCUCAGGAUGUUCAUGACAACGAGGAUCGUUGCGACGCAAAUGAAACCAGAGCGGUGGAUGAUGAAUCUCGUCAAAAGAACAGGAAACGUAAAGCUCCAGAUCCCACUGAGGAAUUGGUGAAAUUGGCCUCCAAACGCCAUCAACAACCACAAGACGACAGUGACAUAGUUGCUGCAGCUUGGGCAGUCGAGCUCCGAAAAAUGGAUCCACAACAGCAGUUGUUUGCAAAGAAGGCCAUCAAUGAGAUACUGUUUGAGGGACAAAUGGGAACCUUACACCGUAGUUCAGUUGAAAUUAACGUCUCACGUGUGGCCACACCAUAUAGUGUUCAGUCCCUCCCUUCCCCUUCAUUCCCUCAGUAUGAAUCAGCAAGUGCCUCCUCGCAACACACAGGUGGAUAUUACACUACUUUGCAUUAAGACAGUUACUUUCCAACUUCAUGUAGGCUAGGUAUACCUUAUGUAGGUAUACCUUAUGUACAAUGUCAAGUUUUGUUCUAGCAAA